AUGGGGAUAGUGUACUCAGAGCCCAUUUGCCAAGCUGCCUACGAUAACGACCUUCAAAAGGUGUACCACAUUCUAAAAGAGGAUGCCAAGACUUUAAAUGUUCAAGAUGAGGAAUCUGGCGAUACACCAAUCAUAGCUGCCUGCAGAUGUGGAAACAUCAGAGUGGUCAAGUACCUUUUGGACCUGAAGGCAGAUGUAGUUAUAAGGAACAAGAAACAGAGGACAUGUUUGCACUAUGCUGCAAAGAGGACCUUCUCCUUCUUGGAUUACCUGAUGAUCACUAUCCUCAUGCCAAUUCUGUUGAUUGGAUACUUCAUUCUGGAAGACAAGCAAAGGAAGAAUGUGAAACUAAUGAAUCUGGUUUUGAGCACUAAAGUGGAGGUUGACGCUGUGGACUAUCAGGGAAACACUGGUCUUCACUAUGUCUGUCAGAUGAAGAGUCACAGACUCGUUCCACUGUUACUGGAGAAAAAGGCAGACGUUUCUAUUAAAAACAAAGAUGAUGAGACCCCACUCGAUAUAGCAAGGAGACUGCAGUUCAAGAAUAUUGUUACAAUGCUGAAAAAGCCUGACUGA